AAAAUUUCCUUUUCUUUUCAGCAACAAGCUUUUCUCUUCUGCAAAACCAACUAUAAAUAAGAGAAUGCUUUCUCAAUCCAGCAUGUAAUAUUUACAUGUCCAACAAAGUCAUAAUUUUCAGACACCCUUCUCUUCACUUGUCAUCAUCAAAUCCAUACCUUCCUGUCUACGUGAAAGAACAGAAAAACCAAUGCUGGAGUGAUCCCAACUUCACAGCAGACCCUGAUCUGAUCAAGUCCCACCUUCCAAAAUGCAUUUUUUCACAUGGGUUUUCAACCUUGUUCUGAUAUUUUCAUUCCUGAGACAGUUCUCAGAAAGUGUAACAGUAGCAGCACUGUCUCCUUCCCCAAUCUGUUCAGAAGAAGACAGAGCUUCUCUUCUGAGCUUCAAAGCAAGCAUUUUCAAGGACACAACAGAGACUCUUUCUUCAUGGACAAGCAGGGAUUGCUGUGAUGGAGGCUGGGAAGGAGUUCAGUGCAAUCCAUCCACAGGUAGAGUCAAUGUGUUGCAGAUACAGAGGCCUGAUAGAGACAGUGCCAGUUAUAUGAAAGGCUCUCUUUCUCCCUCACUAGGAAAUUUGCAUUUCUUGGAGGUAUUGGUGAUAAGUGGGAUGAAGCACAUUACAGGACCAAUUCCUACUAGCCUUUCAAAUUUAACCCACCUCACACAGCUAGUUCUGGAAGACAAUUCCCUUGGAGGGUGCAUUCCUCCAAAUUUAGGCCAUUUACCUUUGCUGCAGACCCUUAUACUGAGUGGGAACCAUCUCAAAGGCCAGAUCCCUCCAACAAUAGGGAGCCUCAGAAACCUUAUCCAAGUUAAUUUAGCAAGAAAUUUUCUGACAGGUCCUGUCCCCCUCAGUUUCAAAACCCUUGGAAGUUUGCAGUACCUUGAUCUCAGCUACAACUUAUUAUCAGGGUCUAUCCCAGAGUUUGUUGGAGAGUUCCAAAAUCUGACCUUUAUAGACCUUUCCUAUAACCUUCUAACAGGAAAAAUUCCAAUUUCCUUGUUCAGCCUUGUCAAUCUUUUGGACUUGUCCUUGAGCUAUAACAACCUCACAGGGAACAUCCCAGAUCAGAUUGGAAGUCUUAAAUCCCUAACAAGUCUUCAACUCAGUGGAAAUAAACUCUCAGGGCAUAUUCCACUGUCCAUAUCAGGAUUACAGAACCUUUGGUACUUUAAUGUAUCAAGAAAUGGUCUCUCAGGUCCCUUACCUGCUAUUCCUUUCAAGGGUAUCCCUGCCCUUUUGUCCAUAGACCUGUCUUACAAUAAUCUCAGCCUGGGAAGUGUCCCUGACUGGAUUAGAAGCAAGCAACUCAAAGAUGUUCAUCUAGCUGGGUGUGAAUUGAAGGGAGAUCUUCCUCACUUCAUCAGGGCUCACUCUUUGAGCUCCAUUGACCUAUCAGAUAACUGCCUAGUUGGUGGCAUUUCUAGUUUCUUCACAAACAUGUCCAGCUUGCAGAAGCUCAAGCUCUCAAACAACCAGUUGAGGUUUGACAUUUCUCAAAUAAAGUUGCCACCAGAGUUGUCUUUCUUAGACUUGCAUGCAAAUCUUCUCCAGGGUUCGCUGUCAGCAAUCAUAAAUAACAGGACAAGCAGCUCAUUGGAGGUCAUAGAUGUAUCAAACAAUUUCAUUUCAGGUCAUUUUCCAGAAUUUGCAGAAGGCUCAAGCUUGAAGGUGCUGAACUUGGGAAGCAACAACAUAUCAGGUCCAAUCCCAGUUUCUAUUUCAAAUUUGAUAGACCUUGAGAGAUUGGACAUAUCAAGAAAUCACAUAUUGGGAGCAAUUCCUUCAAGUCUAGGUCAGUUGCUGGAGCUGCAAUGGCUUGAUGUAUCCAUAAACAGCCUAGCAGGAUCAAUUCCUAGUAGCUUGUCACAGAUAACUAAUCUGAAGCAUGCAAGCUUCAGGGCAAACAGGCUUUGUGGAGAAAUACCACAAACAAGACCACUAAACAUCUUUCCAGCAGCUGCUUACGCCCACAACUUGUGCUUAUGUGGUAAACCUUUGCAGCCAUGCAAGGGAUAGAAACUAGGGGAGAUAGGUCAGUGAGGUGCUGACUCAAUUAUCAUAGCAGAUGAGUUCAUGAUUUGUGACCAUCGUUACAUGUGAGAAAUAUAAUAGGGUACGAUAGAUUUGAAUCUUUAUUUCCAAGUUGACCACAAUGUUUAAGUUCAAUUUUACAAUUCAAUAUUAUUUCAAUAAAACAUGUACGCAUUUGGCAAGAUUCUUUCCCUAUCUGAAUCAUAAAUAGCCUGGCCCUGGCACAUGUUUGCAA